AUGGAUUUGUACGGUGUUGGAGAGCUUUCGGUGGGUUUUUCGAACCUCAAGUUUUAUUUUUCACGCACCUUCUCUGGGGUUUCCAAAGACAGCGCUCUGACUGAAAAUGAUAAUGAAUGGCUUUUCGCGUCAAGACCUUUUCAAAUUUUUUUCCAUGGCCUCACACUCCAGAAAGGACAUUUUAACUAACUAUAGAGAUUGGGAAAAAGUUCUACACAGGCUUCUGCGAGCCUACUAACGUACAGUAGUGGUAGUCUUUUGGCUGUAGAAUCUGGAAAACGAGGAUUCGAAAACUUUAAGUGAAAUAAUCCUUUGCCAUUUUCCAGUCGAGAAAAAGCUCAAAAUCGGUUUUUCCUUAAAUCGGGAUUUUUUUCUAGAUUUUACACUGGAAAGGAGUUGUUAAUGGACUAAAUUUAAACCAAUUAUUCUUUCUGACGUCUUUCAGAUCAGAGUGAGGUUAGGUUCACACGAAACUGUGAAUUAGUUAUCAAAUGUCUUCAUAUGGGAGAAGAUGAAAAGCAAUGAAAAAAAAGAAACCCUUCUUUAUAUACUCUAUUUAUUGUUAGCUUACAUGGGUAGAAAAAAAAAAUCCUUUUGAUGAGAGGGGAAAAUUUUUCUGGGAAACUUACACGCUGGACUACAAUACAUAUGACGGAAGUUCGAAUCCCGUUGCUGUAAUUUUGUUUUUGCCAUUUUUGUCAGUGCUCGAGAAAAGUUCAUUAUGCAUAUAGCAUCUUCUUAUAGCUUCCAAAUCAGCGAUAAGUUCAAUAUUACUAGGAAGAGUGAAAGAGUGAAAAGUUUUCCAGUGCCACAUCGCGAUCACCCUGCAGCACGUGCGUCGCGGCAUGGAGCUUCUUUCGGCUAUCGAAGAGAAGAUUGGAAAUUCGCAGCAACUCAGCGACAUCGCGGAACUCCGCCAAAAAAUCGCGCCGCUCUCCGAUCAACUCAGUCAGGUUCAGCGAUUGAUCGACAACGAGAGGUCAGUUUUUUUUUGUAUAUAGUUCCUAUGCUUGUAUUCACACAAUCAACCUGCUCGCACUUAAAAUGGCUCAAAUCGGCGCGAAUUUCAAUUAUUUCCAAUGCCAUAGGGCGCGAGUCGUUUUUAAUCGGGGCACUUUAGAGAUACAGGUUAAGUAAUUACAUUUGCGACCAUCACGGGCUUCCAAAUUGGUGAAGAAAAUCAUUUAAAGCGCUUCAUUUUAUACUACCUCUACUACGAUUUAAGCGCGUUGGUCGCACUUGGAGUGACUCAUUUUUGGAAUGGCUCAUUUUAAUUUUAGAUGCGCGUCGAGCCAUUCCAAAUACGACCAUCACGGACUUGAAACUUGUUGCGAAAAACUAUUUUAAGCGAUUCAGCGUAUAAUAAUUUUUUUACCAUUUGAAGCGCAAUUGUCGCAAUCGGAAUGGCUCGCUGAGCAUCCAUUCUAAGUGCGGCCACUUUAGAACUUCAAAUUAGAUCAGCUCCAAGAAAAUGAUCAUUUUAAGCGGCUCGAACAGUUCAAGAGAACCGGCGCCCUUGUCGAAGGAACGCGAGCGUCGUUCUGUUCGUUCUUGA